AUGUCUCCUUCGACGCCGCUCAAACUCGCCAUCCUGGACGACUAUGCCUCCAUCUCGCUGCCUUACUUCCAGCAGUCCCUUGGGGAUCAAGUGCAGAUUGACACAUUCCCGACGACGCUCAACGCGCGGAUCCCAUCCGAGCACGACAAACUCGUGGAGCGACUGAAACCAUACACGAUCAUCUCGUCGAUGCGCGAGCGCACAUUGUUCCCGCGCUCUGUGCUCGAGAAACUCCCCAAUCUGAAGCUAUUGGUGACUACAGCCAUGAGGAACGCGGCCAUCGACAUGGCGGCGUGCAAGGAUUUGGGCAUCACGGUGGUGGGGACGACGCCGAAACCGAACGCUGUCAAGGGGUAUGAUGCGACUAACGAGAUCACCUGGGCGUUGAUUCUGGGGUUCGCGAAGGAUAUUGUUCAUGGGGAUGCGGUGAUUAAAUCGCCUUCGACGUCCGCAGCGGACCCGAAUGCCGAGUUCGGAGGCUGGCAGACGCACCUGGCCAUGGGGCUGGCGGGCAAGACGCUCGGCCUGCUGGGCUUGGGCAAGCUGGGCACGCAGUGCGGCGUGACGGGCGUAUUGGGGUUCGGGAUGAAGGUGCUGGCGUGGUCUUCCUCGCUGACGCAAGAAAAGGCCGACGAGGCGGCGCAGUCGCGCGGCUUACCCCCGGGCACCUUCCAGGUCGCCGCGUCCAAGCAGGAUCUGUUUGAGAAAGCCGACAUCCUGAGCGUGCACUACGUGCUCUCGGACCGCAGUCGCGGCAUCGUGGGAGCCGCCGAGCUCGCGUCCAUGAAAAAAUCCGCGUUUCUGGUCAAUACGUCCCGCGGACCCCUUGUCGACGAAACCGCCCUUGUCAACGCCCUCGAGGCCGGCAAAAUCCGCGGCGUCGCCCUCGAUGUCUUCGACACGGAACCGAUCCCCAAGGACACUCCCUGGCGGAAACACAACUACUGGGGCCAAAACGGCAGGAGUCGUGUCUUGCUUAGUCCACACAUGGGAUACGUCGAGGAGGAGACUAUGCAUAGCUGGUACGAGCAGCAGAGUCGGGCCAUAGCGAGCUGGAUCAAGGGGGAUGAAGUCAAGGGUAUUAUGCAGUAG